AUGUCCACAUGUCUUGAUUCUCUAACUCUCAUUUCUAAUGGGGAGCACAUCGAAGCUUUCUUGGGCAGGUUUGAACAAGAUAGAAAUAAUAAGCACGAGGCUUCCCAUUUCUACAACUUAGUAGGCCCAAGCACAUGUAUCCAUUGGUUCUCAGUCCCUUCAGAGUGUGUUCCAUUGUUGGAACAUCUACGAACUAGGCACAAUGAUUUCAUCGGGCUAUUGACAAUCAGUUCAGUUGUCGGGAAUCCUUUAUUGAGGAUCUUGGCUGCGGUGCUUAUGGAUAUGCAAGAAACUCAGGUGAAUGCCUUAAUUGAAAAGCGGUUGUUUGAGUGGAGGGAUGCUGUGAGAGACUUACAUAAGGCUGGUUUGGAAGUUUCCUUUGUUCUCCGUCAUCUUCGAGAUGUUGCUACAUCGUGGUUUCGUAGAGAUGUGAAGAUUCGAUUGGCAUCUAUUAUGCGUCAGAUUUUUGAAUUGGAACCAGAGCUCGCGAUACUGAAGUCAAAGAUGGUCUAG